AUGGCGCCCCUGCUCAAGGACUACCUCGCCCGCCACCCAUCUUUCCAGGACCCCUCGUCUUCCAGCUCACCCCUCCCCUCGCUCUACUCGGACCUCUCGAGGCAGCGACGCUCCAACCCGGCUGGCUUCAGGGCCAACGUCGAGUGGUGGAAACACAUCCUCACACAGGUCGCCUGGGACGGCGUACAGCAGUCCAACGCACUCGCGUCUUCCAAGGACGAUGUCGAGAAGCUAGACUCGCACCAGGCUGCGGGCCGAAGCGCCGGUGCAUCCCAGGACAGGCUCGUCCUGCACCUCAACGAAACCACAAAGACCGCCUGGUCCAUAGACCACGUCGGAAGGCCACUCGGACUGGGAACCGUCGUGGCCGAACUGCAGAGCACCUCGGACGUCGUCUCACUAGCAACAUUCUUGCGAUCCACCAAGCCGAUCCACGGCCCCUCUCACUCAUCGGGCUUCAAGUCGUACGUACCCUCGGCAGGUACCGUGGCAUCGACGCUGCUCGUCGCCCCCUUUACCUGGGCCUUUUCCCAGAUCGGCAUCGGCGGGUCCGGCGACGACGACGACGACGGCGGAAGCCAGGACGACAAGCUCUGGAAGACGCACAGGGGAGACUGGGUCAUCUGGGCCAACCUCGAGAAAGUCACCGACGCAUUCCUCCAAGAGCACUAUGCCAGCGCGUCCCUCUCCCCGCUAGACUCUCUCUUUUCGACGGCCAAGUUCAAAGACAAGCUCGCGAAGCUCAAGCUUGAAGUCGGCUCGGGUGGAGCGCCCUUCCAGCUGAGCGAGAUGGAUGUACAGGUCGUCAUUAAGCAUCUGGUCCGGGAUCGCAAGGUGGCCGUCAUGGACAAGGGCAUCGUCAAGCUGUCGCCGCGCGAGCACGAGCCGCCGACGCCCAUCAGCGAGCAGGAUAUCGGCAUCCUCCAGAUCGCCGACACGAGCGCUAAGCUCGAGAUGCAGAUCGCCGAGAUUGAAAAGAAGAUCGCGGAGCGCAACGACAAGAUCAAGGCAGCGCUGCAGGCGAAACAAAAGGGCCAGGCGCUCUCCUACCUGCGCUCACGCAAGACGCUCGAGGACCUGCUGAACAAGCGCAUGGGGUCGCUCGAAACCAUCAGCGGCGUCCUCAUCAAAGUUGAGCAGGCCGCGGGAGAUGUCGAGAUCAUGCAAGCCUACGAGACGUCGGCGUCGACGCUCAAGUCGCUCAUGGCCCACCCUUCGCUGCAGCACGAGCGGGUCGACGAGACCAUGGCGGCGCUUUCAGACACGCUGGCCGACCACGCCGAGAUCGAGCAGGCCAUCCAGCUGGGCGGGGAGAGCGCACGUGCCGCGGCGGGCGUCGAGGAGGUCGAAGAUGCGGAGCUCGAGCAGGAGAUGGAGAUGCUGGCGCGGGAAAAGGAGCGCGAGGAGAGGGAAGAGGAGGAGAGGAGGAAGAAGGAGGAGGAGGAGAGGAGGAAGGCAGAGGCCGAGGCGGAGAGGAAGAGGGCGAGGGAGGAGGAGGCCGAGAAGAGGAGGCGGGCGGAGAAGGAGAGGUUCGAGGAGGAGAGGAGGAGGAAGGAGGAGCGCGAGAGGGAGCUCAAGGAGCGUGCCGCGCAGCGCCAGCCCGACGAGUCCACGGUCAAGGAGGGCGGCGAUGCCACCCCGGCCCCCGUCGUCGACAAAGAGACCAGGCAGGCCGUCGCUGAAGAAUGA